AUGCCUAGACCUCCACCUCCAUUCGCACAAAGGUUGGUAAAGAAAAUUGAAGAAGGAAGAUACCGUAGGUUCAUCAGUAUGUUGACGCAAUUGUCCAUCAAUGUUCCGUUGAUAGAAGAAUUAGAACAAAUGUCUGGGUAUGGUAAAUUCAUGAAGGACUUGGUGACCAAAAACAGGGAUGUCAAUAUCAAGAAUGAUGAGAGGUUGCAACACUAUAGUGCUAUUGCUACAAGGUCACUUGUGCAGAAGAAAAAGGAUCCUGGAGCUUUCAUUAUUCCUUGUACCAUUGGGAUGUUACACUUUGCGAAAGCUUUGUGUGAUUUGGGUGCCAGCAUUAACUUGAUGUCGUUGUCCAUUUAUAAAAAGUUGGGUUUAGGAGCUCCAAAACUUUCUGCGAUGCAUCUACUCAUGGCCGGUAGAACUGUGAAGAAGCCCAUUGGUGUUCUCUAA